AUGGCACGAAACCUGGUGAAGUUCAAUCAGAUCUCAAAAAUUUCGUUCCCAUUUCAAUGUUCGAUUUUGACAAAUAUGCCCUACAUUCCUGUGAUUCAUUUCGAAGGAGCAAUGGGUUCUCAAGCAUCGUCAAGUGAAAUGACUCGUGUUCGGUGGAGGGAACGUAAUUGGAGUGUUGAUCCUGUGCUGAAAAAUGCAUUUAAUGACAUCAUGAAAGGAAGUCGUUCGUUUACUGCAGUUGAUGCGCAAAGAGCCAUAAGACAUUUUAAUGAUCUCACGACGAAAGGAAAAGUGCCCGAUUAUAUGGCUGUCAAGAUGGCAUCAGUUGCAAUAACUCAUCUUGGUUGGGAAGAAGGCGAAAAAAUUCUAGAAAUGCAUUACAUGUCCCAUGGUGCAGAAUUAAGAUUUGCUGGAGAAGCCUCAAUAAUGAAUGAACAGGUGGAAGGAGCUGUACGUCGGAUUUUUGAUAAUAUGGAUGAAGAUGCAUAUAAAGUGGCCCAUCAGUUCUACUGUCGCCUUAUUGAUUUGAAGUUUUGUAAAGUGAAAGACAAUGUUUUCCGAAUCUUCAUACAAGAUUUACUCAAAAAGUGA